CAGUAAAGCCUGCUCCAAACUUCUCAGCUGUUGACAGGCUUGACUUGCUGAGAACACUGGUUAAAUAUAGCACAAGCGAGCUGAGCUCAACAAAGUCAUUGCUGUAACACUGUGUGAAGAGACCAGAAGAGGGGAAAUACAAUCUGAGAACUAAACUGCCAAAGCCUAACACCACCUAGCAACAGUUGAAAAAACUUUUCAACAAAAGUCUGGGUGAGACACAGACAGAGUAUACCCCCUACUUCUCCUGCCUGGGAUUUCUGUGGGAAGCAGCCACGGUCUUCUGUUCUCUACCCUAUUGCCUUCACCACUGCUGCUGGUGGACCUAGAAAAGUGGGAAAAGUUUCUCUCUUUGUGUUCUUCUGGGCUGGAUCAGGCUCCUACUGUGGUAGUACUGUGGGACAGGCUCCUGUGAUCUUGAGGUGUAAAGGAUAUUUUCCGAGGUUCUUCUUGCUCACAGGGAGCAGCAGGGACCCCAGUCAGCCUCAGGUGGGAGCAGCAAAGCAAUGCCACAGGGACACCUCCAUCCUCGACUCUCUCCUCCCGGGUGCAGACCUAGAUUCUAGCGAAGUCCGUGCUCCGGCAGCGUCCCUCGACACAGAUAGGGAUGAGAUCCCGAAACCAAGGUGGAGAAAGCUCGUCUAACGGGCACUUCUCCAGUUCCAAGCCUGUCGUCAGCCAUGGAGAGAACGAAAAACUUCAGGAGGAUGCCAAGAAAAAGAACAAACCUCAUCGGAAAGAAGAUGAGGUCAUGGUAUCUGCAACAGUCAAACGGCACUCAAAAUCACCUGGACCUAGUGAACGAAAAAACAAGAAGUCCAUAGAGCUUUCUAAAGAGGACUUAAUAAAACUCCUCAGUAUAAUGGAAGGAGAACUGCAGGCAAGGGAAGAUGUGAUCCACAUGCUGAAGACAGAGAAAACCAAACCUGAAGUUUUAGAAGCUCAUUACGGAUCUGCAGCUCCAGAGAAUGUGCUUCGAGUGCUACACAGGGAUGCUAUCCUUGCCCAAGAAAAAUCAAUAGGAGAAGAUGUCUAUGAGAAACCAAUCUCAGAGCUAGACAGACUUGAAGAAAAGCAGAAGGAGACAUAUCGACGCAUGCUGGAACAACUCCUCUUGGCAGAGAAGUGCCAUCGCCGCACAGUUUAUGAGCUAGAAAAUGAGAAACAUAAACAUACAGAUUACAUGAACAAGAGUGAUGACUUUACCAACCUCUUGGAGCAGGAGCGUGAGAGGUUGAAGAAACUUCUUGAGCAGGAGAAGAUCUAUCAAGCCCGCAAGGAGAAAGAACAUACAAAGAGACUCAGUAAACUAAGAGAAGAACUAGUUAAGCUCAAAUCGUUUGCACUCAUGCUGGUGGAUGAAAGACAAAUGCAUAUUGAACAACUUGGUCAACAAAGCCAGAAAAUACAAGACCUAAAUCAAAAACUAAAGGAAGAAGAAGAAAAGCUUAAAAUUCUUAGCGCAAAAACAAAAGAAGAUGGACAAAAACUGAUGAAGUUAGAAACAGAACUUGAACACAGGACAUUAUCGUUUUCUCAAGAACAUGAGGAGAUGACUGCUAAACUGGUUAAUCAGGAGUCACAUAAUAGACAGCUAAGGCUUAAGCUAGUUGGGUUGACUCGUCGAAUAGAGGAGCUUGAAGAAACUAACAAAAAUCUUCAAAAAGCUGAGGAGGAACUUCAGGAACUAAGAGAUAAGAUAGCAAAAGGGGAAUGUGGGAACUCUAGCUUAAUGGCAGAAGUAGAAAACCUCCGCAAGCGUGUGCUUGAAAUGGAGGGAAAAGAUGAAGAGAUCACAAAAACUGAAUCCCAGUGUAAAGAGCUGAAGAAUAAACUGCAAGAAGAAGAGCACCAUAGCAAGGAGCUGAAACUUGAAGUAGAAAAAUUGCAGAAAAGAAUGGCAGAACUAGAGAAACUGGAAGAGGCUUUUAGUAAAAGUAAGUCUGAAUGCACCCAGCUACACUUAAGCUUGGAGAAAGAAAAGAAUGUGACUAAAGAUUUGAUAAAUGAGUUGGAAGUGGUGAAGACUCGAGUAAAAGACCUUGAGUCAUCAGAAAGCAAGUUGGAAAAGGCUGAAAUAAGCUUAAAAGAUGACCUUACAAAGCUGAAGUCAUUUACUGUAAUGUUGGUUGAUGAACGAAAAAAUAUGAUGGAAAAAAUAAAGCAGGAGGAAAAAAAGGUUGAGGGUUUAAACAAGAAUUUUAAAGUGGAACAAGGGAAAGUUAUGGAUGUUACUGAGAAGCUGAUAGAAGAAAGUAAGAAAUUUUUGAAAUUGAAAUCUGAAAUGGAGGAAAAGGUGUCUAGUUUAACGAAGGAAAGAGAUGAGUUAAUAGGCAAACUGAGAAGUGAAGAAGAAAAAUCCUCUGAACUAAGCUGCAGAGUUGACCUGUUAAAGAAAAGAAUUGAUGGUAUGGAGGAAGUAGAAAGAGAAAUAACAAGGGGUCGAGCCAGAAAAGGACCAGAGCAUGCUUGUCAUGAGGACAACAAGAUUAAAGAACUUACCGUUGAAAUUGAAAAACUGAAAAAACGUCUCAAGCAAUUGGAAGUGGUUGAAGGAGAUUUGAUGAAGACGGAAGAUGAAUAUGAUCAGCUAGAGCAGAAAUUUAGGACUGAGCAAGACAAAGCUAACUUUCUUUCUCAACAGUUGGAGGAGAUGAAACUCCAGAUUGCCAAAAACAAAGCAAUAGAAAAAGGUGAAGCAGUGAGUCAGGAAGCAGAGUUGAGGCACAGAUUUCGUCUGGAAGAGGCUAAAAACAGAGAUUUGAAAGCAGAAGUUCAAGCUCUUAAGGAGAAAAUCCAUGAGCUGAUGAAUAAAGAAGACCAGCUUUCCCAGAUCCAAGUUGAUUAUUCAGUUCUUCAGCAGAGAUUUAUCGAAGAAGAAAAUAAGAACAAAAGCAUGGGACAGGAAGUUUUGAACUUAACAAGAGAGUUAGAGCUUUCUAAGCGUUACAGUCGUGCUCUGAGGCCCAGCAUAAAUGGACGGAGAAUGGUAGAUGUUCCUGUGACAUCCACUGGUGUGCAAACAGAUGCUGUAAGCAGUGAAGCAGCAGAAGAAGAAACUCCAGCUGUGUUUAUAAGGAAGUCUUUCCAGGAGGAGAAUCACAUCAUGAGCAAUUUGCGACAGGUAGGUCUGAAAAAACCCAUGGAGCGUUCUUCAGUGCUUGAGAGAUAUCCUCCAGCAGCUAAUGAACUUGCAAUGAGGAAAUCUUGGAUACCGUGGAUGAGGAAGAGGGAAACUGGGGCUCAGGUAACUCCUGACAAAGGAGCCCGAAGCCAUGGUAGUGCAGGCCAUCCUGGGGAGGUUGUCCUAUCACCAAAGCAAGGUCAACCUCUUCAUAUUCGGGUGACGCCAGAUCAUGAGAAUAGCACAGCUACUUUGGAGAUAACCAGUCCAACCUCAGAGGAAUUUUUUUCAAGCACCACUGUCAUUCCUACUUUGGGAAAUCAGAAGCCACGAAUAACCAUCAUUCCCUCUCCAAACGUUAUGUCCCCAAAAGGAAAAGGCAGUGAAAGUCCGAUGGGCCCAGAUCGCUCUAUGUCUCCAGUCACUAUAACAACAUUCUCCAGGGAAAAGUCUCCAGAUGGAGGAAGAGCACCCUUUGUGGACAGACCUGCAUCACCAAUCCAGAUUAUGACAGUAUCGACAUCUGCAGCACCAGCAGAAAUUUCUGUUUCUCCGCAGUCACAAGAUAUGACCAUGGGAAGGGCUGUCUUCAAAGUAACACCGGAAAAACAAACUGUCCCAACUCCAAUUCGGAAGUACAAUGCCAAUGCCAACAUUAUAACAACAGAAGACAACAAAAUUCACAUCCACUUAGGUUCUCAGUUUAAGCGCUCUCCUAGUGCUGCAUCUGACGGUGCAAGCCCUGUGAUAACAGUCAGACCAGUGAACAUAGCAGCAGAAAAAGAAGUUGUGACUGGUACCGUCCUGCGAUCGCCCCGGAACAAUCUGUCCUCACGACCUGGAGCAAGCAAAGUGACAAGUACUAUCACUAUAACUCCUGUUACAACGUCUUCCACACGAGGAACACAAUCAGUGACAGGACAGGAUGGGUCAUCCUCGAGACCUACACCCACCCGCAUUCCUGUGUCAAAAGGUAUGAAAGCAGGAAAGCCAGUAGUGGCAGCCCCAGGAGCAGGAAAUAUGACAAAAUUCGAGCCUCGUGCCGAGACUCAAUCUAUGAAAAUAGAACUGAAGAAGUCUUCAGCCAGCAGCUCUACCUCCCUGGGCGGGGGGAAGGGCUGAUGGCAGUGGCUGAGGGGGUAGGUUACGCAGGUUUUACUGCUACCAUGGAAGUCAGCCCCCUGUCUGUUUAGUUGCUAAUGUGUGCAUAUACUAAUUAAGUCCUGCAGCUGAUAACAAACUAAUGAGUGUGUGCAUUGACUACUUAAUUUAACAACAUCCUUUUGUUUUCUUAACUGAGGGGGGCAAAGCCAUCAGGAAGGCAAGGGUACCCCAGGAAUGCUUUCAGACUGGGACGCGAGAACGGGCAACCACACCAGUGCAGGAUAAUUCUUAGUUACAGAACUGGUCACUUUUUAUGAAAUUGUGGGUAGUUUGGUCACUACAAUAGACUGUAGAUAGAUUGGUUUGUUUUAAUAGAUUGUCUUGCACCUUAGUGGAUCACCUUCCACCUUGGCUACUGCAUGGAGCACUUUCCUUCCUGUUUCUGGUCACUUCACACUUUUGAGAGACCUGGUUGCCUAGGGAAGCAAUGCUAGGGAACAGUAUGUUUGAUGUUACAUUUUAAUAAAAGCUAGUUUCUCAGCAGAGGGAGGGAGAGGAAAGAGAAAGGACCGGCACCAUGUGACCAACCCUCUCUCUACGAACCUCUCGUCUAAAUCAGUGUUUCUCUGUUUUGUGCCACAUUAUCAAGGGCGUUAAAAAAUUCAUGGGGGUAGGGAGGCUGGGAGGUUGCAAAAUGUUAGGCAGCAGCAGUACUAGGUAGCAGAUCAUUUCUUCCAAGGUGGGGUUAAGACUUGUAGUCAGUACUUACAGCCGGGUCUCACUUCUCUGACUUGGGGAGACUGAGACAAGACAGGAGUCAAAGAAAGGCAGGUGAGCCAAAAGGUGGUUAGUCUUUAAAAAAAAGUUUGAGAAACAUUGAUCUAGUUAAAGUCAGUACAGUCCAUUUGUGCCUGCUCCAAAGACCACUAAAGUCUAUGCAGCAAGUCAUUCCAUUGUCUUCAUUAGCCUUUUGAUUUUCCUCAUAAGGGGAAAUUGUGUUAUAUAAACGUUCAUUGCUAAGCAUCCUUCUGUCCUAUGGGAAGUCCUUAACAUAGACUGCUAGUGGCAGAAACUGCUGUCUAAGAACACAGCUCAGGUACAGACAGUGAAAGAGACAGGGCUUGGUAUGUAAGUUACUCUGAAUGCUCAGUUGUUCGAUAGGUUUCUCUUAAAUACGGACCACAGUACCAUGGAGAUCCACCUCUUUUUUUCUUCUUUGUGAUUUCCUUGUUUACAUGUUUGCGUUUUGGAGCAUGCUUUAAGGAAUCGUUUCAGCAUGGGAAUGGGUGUGGAUGCAGAUGACUGUUUAAUAACCCUACAGUUAUUUCAGGGCAUUUGCAUUAAGUGAUCAAUUUCCAGAGAAGAAAGUUACAAACAAGAAAAAAUGAGCUGAGCAGACUGAUAAACAUGAGUUUUAAAACUUGUAUAAUACUUUACCAUUCAGGCAAGCUAUAAAGGACCCAGUGGUUGGGAAUAGGUUUCAGAAGAAAAGACAGGAAGACAAUUGAUGAAUAACAAAUACAGCUCACAGAAAAGAAAAUGCACCACCGGGUGAAGUAUUAAAUGGCUUUCUCUUUGGGAGGAGAGAUUUGAUAGAAGAAUCUACUAUGGAAGGUCAGCAAAAUUAUAUUCAGUCCAAGCAAUGUUUAGUCUUCAGUCAGCCCUUUGCACUGCUCUCCUGUUUAAGAUCCACAUAUGUACAUUAUCCCAGAGUAAAGCCAGCAUUUUAUUAUUCGCGUGAAAGGUAUUGUGUCCAGGAUGUAAAAGCUGCCAUCACAUCUGAAAAGAAGUAGGCUUUAAUUUUCACAUGUGUGUAGCACCUGCAAUACCUGUUAAUUUUAAAGUUCUGGUUUCCAUGAUAUCUGAAAAUCAGACUCAUAUUAGUAUCAUUUCUCAUAACAUUUUGUUCCCGGUAUUUUGGAUAAAACUUGGAAGUUGGAAUUAGCAAGCAACGUAAGUAACAAUGCCAGAAAUACAUCAGAUUCUCUCAACUAAUUGUUAUCACUUAAAGCCUCAAUUUGUCAAUAAAUUGUUGCUGAGAUCUUACUGUUCCUACCGUAACACAGACUUUUUAGCAGAUGUUUGAAGAAAACACGUUAUUAUGAGCUUCUAGCUGCAUAUGCACUCUAAAUACUGGCACUGAAGCAAGCCUUCAGUUCAGAACAGUCAUUUAAAUAAUACUGCAAACAUGAGCCCCAAGCUAAUGUGGCUCGAUACAGUGAUGAACUACAGCUGGCUUAAGCUUUGCUUUUCAAAUCUUUUUUCUAAAAAAAACCUAGCUAUUCCGUAGUUAACUGUUGCUAUACCCAGGGCAAUAUGGUAAGUGUGCCUGUAAUUGAAAAAUUUGUUUGUUUUGGAUGAGAUCUGAGAAACUAAUUCACCUGAAGAAACAAGUCAGCCUUACAGAACUUGAAAUCCAGGGCACGUAAACUAGGGCAACAGAACCAGAACUGAAGGCGCAAGCUAGGAAUUACUUUUGUAGGGUCAGUAGGGCUUCCUGAGACAGACUCAAUAAAUUCCAGACAGGUCAGACGAAGGAUCCAGUUAUUUUUCCCAGGGGCAGCACAACAAAAAGGAACUUUUACUUCCUAAGCCAACCCAACAGAAGUCCAAAGAGUUGGAGUCAGGCAACUGGUUUAACUGCUAACUGAAAAUAUAUAUUUAGUUGCACUCAUUAUUUUUUAAUAUCUGUUUUAAUUCACCUGAGAUACUUGUUUAAUAAAUGCAGAAGAAGGUUCUGGUGAUGAUAUUGUACAAAAAGAAAGUAUAUGGUUCAGAAGUCUUAAAAGGUGAAGCAUAAUUGUCUUUUAUCAUCCUGGAGUUUCCUCUGAAUCUGAAGACAUUUUAUGUUUAGUGACUGUAGUAAAGUUCUUCAUUCACGGUCAGCUCCAAAGGGCGAUGGAGACAACCAAUUCUAAAUACAAUAUGUAAAGCCCCAGCACAGCUACCACCUUGCCUGGAGAUGCCUCUGUCAUUUGUCUAGCAAUGUUUCAGUUUUGACUUAGCUAGCACUACAGCCUCUAAACCUGAGAUCCGUAAUCUAGGUAUCCUUUUCUUUCCUCUCAGUGCUUUAAUUCAGGCCGCAAUUUCAUUGUCACUUCACGUCGGCGUAUAACCCACCACUGGAGUCAAAUGAUGCAGUCUUGUCUUUUCAUCACCUCCAGCCAAUCCAGCGCUCUCUUCCAUACAGUUGUCCCUUGAGAUGGCCCAAGUGUUGGAAAUUAACUGGGGAACUGAUCUGAACUCAAAAGAAUCUGGUGAAAAGCAUAAAGGCUAGAUUUAACCUAGCUCAGUUCCACAGUGGUAUUCAGACUCUUGUGCCAGAAAAGGAAAGAGAGAAGUGUAGGAAACCAGUGGCUGUUCUGAAGUGACUGUGGAAUCAUGAAUGCCUCCUAGGAGAUCAAGUACCACAGAAAUGUAGGUGCAGUGCUGCUUAUUUUAAACAGUUCUUGGUUGAAGCCUUCCUUCAAAGGUUGGAGAGAGGCUCCCUUUCUCACCGAUAUCUAAUGAGAUUCAAACCCACAUUAGCUCCAACCAAGUCUGCCAGUAGCAUGGAGAGACAGUUGAGGGGGAAAGAGGGUGACAUUCUCAUUCCUUCCUAUAAAGGCUGUACUCUUUCACAUGGAGUGCUCUGCUAUUCACUGAGCAGAAACAAGAGACUAGUUGAGCGGUGAGGGUACAGAACUAGUAGGAGGGAGCGCCAGACUGGUCCCUGUUCCAAAGGCUGCUCUUGAGCCUGGCUUUCCGUGAAAAGAAGGCUUGUAAGAUGAGACUGUCUGUGUUUAUCCAUCCCUCCAUCUGUCCUCUGUUGGUGAAUAACACUGAACCCCUCAACCACAUUCAGCCAAAUCUGACAAAGCAAUAGGGGCCUCUAGAAUAAGAAGUUCCUCCAGUUUAAUGAAGAGGGUGACUGAGAAGAGGAGAAAGACCUUAACAAUGCCUGCACUGCAGGAAAGAAUGUGGCGUGAGCUCACGCUUAUACGACAUCAAAGAACCAACACAAGAGAGUGAUGUCAGAAAUGCCCCAGGGACAAGCUUUGUUCAGACCUCAGAUUUCAUUAGGCAGCAAAGACUCAAACUGUGAGACACAAAUCCAGGGGAAAACAUCAGUUUUAGCCUCUAUUUGCAGGGCUGCUUCUUGUGCAUUUUACAUGACUGGAUUAGAAUGCAGUAAACGAGGGCUUCCUCUGCCCAGGUGAUCAUCUGGAAUUACUAAUCAUCAUGUUUUCUCUCUCUUUUCCCUUUUUCUCUGUAUUAUUAUUAUUUGUUAUGAAGUGGGACAUUUUCAGUAGCAAAAUCCAUCCAAACCAGGGUAAUCUCGAUGGUUGCAGUAGUCUUUUGAAAGCGGGAGGAUAUGGAUUUGAAUCCUUUUAGGGAGAGGUGAAAUUUGAACCUGGCAUAUUUGUAUCAGAAGGGAAAAUUUCUACCUCUUUCUUAGUCCUUUAAUAUCUUUCAGUUUUUUAAAAAAUCUUGAGAAAGAGCCUGAUCAGCUUACUUCAUGAGCAGAUUGCAGUCACAGCACAGGAAGGAGCUUCUGGCAAUGACACCUAAAAAGACACCUAAAUCUCAGAGAAGCCCAGAAUUCAGGAUUUACAACUUUGUCCUCAGAAUAGUUUCUUGGCUGUUAUUUAGGUGGCUUCCUGCUCAGCGUGCUGGUUUUUCUGGAUCCUGUUCUGAGUUAUCACUCUCCUCGUGAGUGAUAAAGAUGACGAGGUAUCGAGUACGCAAUUACGAAUUCACGUGGAUAGCUGGCUUCACAAAAGUGAGACCAUAGUGGCAUGAGCAUUUUAAGGUAGCCGAAAAGCUGCCCUUUGCCCAUCCUGCCGCAUGCCAUAGUCACAGCAGUGCCAAAGACCUUGCUUGGAUAUGGCCACUGGUGCCUCAGAAGUUCUGUCUGUGAAAAAAGUCUGACGGCAAGCCGUUUUAUGUCUCAGUAAUGUCCCAUUAUAUCUGUGCAGUGUUAUGAUCAAGCCACAAGGUCUCAGCUCUCUGUCUGUUUCUGUCUCUGUCUGUCUGUCUCAGCUCUCUUGUUCUCUACAUUGUCACAAUCAUAAUAUUACAGAAUAAUUUCGGUUGGAAGGGACCUCUGGAGAUCUUCUGUUUCAACCCCCUGCUCAAAACAGGGCUAACGUCAAAGACUGAUGAAGUUACUCGAGGCCUUGUGCAGUCGAGUUUUGAGUAUCUCCAAGGAAGGAGACUCCACAGCCUUUCUGGACAAGUUGUUCCAGUGUCUGACCAUCCUCACUGCAAAGGACUUUUUGGAGUAUCUAAUCUGAAUUUCCCUGGCUGCAGUCUGUGUCCUCGUCCCAUUAGCUAAGGAAGUUGGUCUAUAGCAGCUUUCAGCUAAUAUAUAUUCAUGCUGACACCAGAAAGAGGGUGGCAGUGCUGCUAACUUCUGACUUCUGCUCCUUCCCUGGUGCUGGUAGAGCCAUAACUUCAGCUUGAUCGGGACUGGCUGACAGCUCGUCUUUGCCUUUCUGGUGGGGCUCAAUGUCAGCUUGAGAGGCCCUCUGUUCUGGCUGCCUGUGUAGUCAUGCAAGCAGGAGUGAUAGCUCAAACCCAGCAGUGGGAACCUACAACUUGGGGCAGCAGUAAGGCAGAGAGGAGGGAAGAGCAUGAGCCGAUACCGAUCAGCAUACACUGACUGAGAAGGGUGCGCCCUGAAUUUUCCAGUUGAUCUGUGUGAUUUUAAAUCUAGUUCCUAACGAAAGUUUUUCGCUGCGCUGUCCAGGUUAGAUCCUAUCACCUGAAUUAUCGUUACAUAUAUGCAUACAUAUAAUGAUUCCUAACGUAAUCAUUAGCAGAGCAAUUCAUUUGAGUAAGUAGGAUUGAAAAUGAGGGAGCAAAGAACUUUAUUUAUAGUCCCUGGGGGAUUCGUCUCAGGUCUUUAAACAUGCUAAGUAAACAAUAGCUUGAAAGAAACAGGGAGAUGUUGAUUUCUUUUGCCCACCUUUUUUUCUCUUUGUGACAUCCAUUAGUGUGAUUUUUCAAAAGAACAAGUAACACUCUGUGACUCUUCUGAAUAUAGAGUAUGCAUGUUACCCUGUUUAAACCUCAAACCGCUUACAGCAUAUAGUAAUUAGUAUCAUGUGAGUAAUCUCUGAAGUCACAUUAAUCUGUUGAGUCAUGCCAGUUAGAUGCCAGAUGGUAUGUUACUGCCUGAAAUAUGUUGCACAUGUUCUCAAACAUGCUCAGUAUUUACAUGACUAUUCAGUGAUUCUGACCAGUUGAGAACCGUAUCUUUAAAGAGGGUAGGCUACUGUCCUGCUGCGUUUCAGGGUUUUUUAGCGAAAGCUGCAACUGUAAGGACAAUUUUCAGACUAAUUAUAUGUCGCUAUCACACAUCAGUGGCUGAUCUCAUUGAGUCAGUUUGAAACCUGUAGUUUGCUGGCAGGAGUCCCUAUGAGCUCAUCUUUCGAACUUGUUUUCAUUUAGGGGAAUGUUUUUCUCCCUUAAGUCUGUGUGAAAUAUUUUCU